AGUUACGCAAUGGGUCAUUAUACUGUGCCCUUACUCUAUAGAAAGGCCUAUAGCUACAGGCUGCUGUGACCAGAAGGGACGCUACUAAGGAGAAGCAAUGUCGCUGCAGGCUGCAGCUCGUAUAAAGAGGGCCUUGACUUACUGUGUGAAUAGUUGGACCUGCAGAACAUACUGCAUGAAGAAAGAGUUUGUAGAUGGUUUGAGAACUGUGGUGGGAGAGUCAAACAUUUCUACUGCAAUGGCUGUGCGGGAGCAGCAUGGAAGAGAUGAAUCAAUGCACAGUUGCAGACCUCCUGAUGUGGUUGUGUGGCCUCAGAAUGUUGAUCAGGUUAGCAAGAUGGCCGAAAUGUGUUACAGAAAUAGUGUGCCAAUUGUUCCAUUUGGAACCGGAACAGGGUUGGAGGGAGGAGUCAGCGCUAUAAUGGGUGGGGUCUGCUUUAAUAUGACAAGAAUGGACAGGAUUAUGAAUUUAAAUGCUGAUGAUUUUCAUGUUACUGUAGAACCAGGCGUUACACGAAAAGCUCUCAAUAAUUAUCUAAGAGAUAGUGGGCUCUGGUUUCCUGUUGACCCUGGUGCAGAUGCCUCUCUUUGUGGAAUGGCUGCUACAAGUGCUUCAGGCACCAAUGCAGUACGGUAUGGCACAAUGCGGGAAAAUGUGAUCAACCUGGAAGUGGUUCUGCCAGAUGGAAGAAUACUACACACAGCAGGGAAAGAUCGAAGAUUUAGGAAGACAGCUGCAGGGUACAACCUGACAAGCAUGUUUGUAGGAUCAGAAGGGACACUUGGUCUCAUAACCAAAGCAUCUCUGCGUCUCCAUGGAAUUCCUGAGGCAAUGGUGGCUGCCGUCUGUGCCUUUCCCAGUGUCCAGGCUGCAGUGGAUAGCACAGUACAGAUCCUGCAAUGUGGUGUUCCAAUCGCUAGAAUUGAGUUUUUAGAUGAUGUGAUGAUUGGUGCCUGUAACAAAUUUAAUGGGCUAAGCUACCCAGUGUUACCUACACUUUUCUUAGAAUUUCAUGGGACUGAAAAUGGACUGAAGGAACAAGUACAACAGACAGAGGAAAUAACCCAGAUGAAUGGAGGCUCAGAUUUCACCUGGGCCAAAGAUCAGGAAGAAAGAAACAAGCUUUGGACAGCCAGACAUAAUGCAUGGUAUGCUGCAUUAGCCUUGCGUCCUGGCUGCAGGGGCUAUUCGACAGAUGUGUGUGUCCCAAUCUCCAAACUUCCUGAAAUUAUAGUGGAGACAAAGAAAGACUUAAUAGAAUCGCGUCUCACAGGUCCCAUUGCUGGGCAUGUUGGAGAUGGGAACUUUCAUUGUAUUAUGGUGAUGAACUUGGCUGAUAAGGAUGAGGUUUCCAGAGUUAAAGAUUUCACAAACCGCCUUGCCAGGAGAGCUUUGGCAAUGAAUGGUACUUGUACAGGAGAACAUGGCAUUGGUCUAGGAAAACGCAAAUUAUUAGAGGAAGAGGUUGGAGAAGUUGGCAUUGCAACCAUGAAGCAAAUAAAAGAUACACUGGAUCCUAAGAAUCUUAUGAACCCAGGGAAGGUUGUUUAACCACAUGAUUCUAGUAAUUACCUUGUUUUAUUUAUACAGUGAAAAAGCUGUCUGAAGACCAUAAACAAUUAAUGAGCUCAGCUUGUGGCUAGGAGAACAAUAUAAUGGGCUGAAGUAGUAAAAUUAUUAAGCUAACCACUGUGAACUGAAGAAAACGAUUCACUUAUAUAUACACCAUACAUAGCAGAGUUAAAAAUGUUCUGGUGGGAAUCAAAUGUCAAAUUUUAAACAAUUAUUCUGCAAGAAUUAUUUUAAAUAUUUGCAAAUGUAAACUUACAAUCUAUUUCAUAAAUUUUAAACUUCAGUAAAAAAACAAUUGUGGUA